ACCGCGGACCUUGCUGGAGCGCCACCCGCUGCCCCUGCGGGUGGGUGCUGGGUGUGUGGUGACUGCGCUGCGACUGGGAAAGUCUUGCAGCCCCGGGCUGGGAAGCAGCUUGUUCCCUGGGUGCAGAGGAGCCUUCUGCGGCAGAGGGCCCGCAGGCCGGGGAGGGGGGCGAGGGGCGGGGGCCGGGGGCCCGGGGCCUCCUGAAGCUGCGGAUCGGCUCCCGGGGCACAGCUUAAGCAGCACUUGUGUCGCCCUUGGAACGCAGUUUUAAACACGCGUUGAAGGUAAACCUUAGAGGUAGUUGCUCGAGCAGAAACCUGAGCGACGUGAAAAGACCCGUGUGGCCUUGGGGGGCACGCACUUUCAGGCCGAGGGGAGCAGCGUAUGCAAAGGCCUCCGCGCUUGCUUGGCUUUCUCGAGGAGUGUGCUGCACGGAGACCGGGAAGGAGGAGACAGUGAAAAGGAAGCUCUCUGGGGCAGAGCGGAAGCAGGCUGACGCUGGGGAAGCAGGCUGACGCUGGGGAUGGCGAUGGCACUGGUGAACGCUCAUUCCCCAGCUCCUCUGAACCUGAAGAAGGAGGGGCCGCGGACAGGGAAGGAGGAUCGCUGCUCUACUUGGGAACAGGGGUUCAGGCUACAGGGAAAGAGCUCAGGCUUCGGACAAGAGCCACUGUGCAAACAGUUCAGGCAGUUGCGGUAUGAAGAGACCACAGGGCCCCGCGAGGCGCUGAGCCGGCUGCGGGAGCUCUGCCGACGCUGGCUGCAGCCCGAGACACGCAGCAAGGAGCAGAUCGUGGAGCUGCUGGUGCUGGAGCAGUUCCUGACCAUCCUGCCCGCGGCGCUGCAGGCCCGGGUGCGGGAGCACCGCCCAGAGAGCGGGGACGAGAUGGUGGUCAUGCUGGAGCACCUGCAGCCGGAGCUUGGGAAGGCAGGACAGCAUGCGGGCCCAGAUCAGGCAAAGAAGCAGAAGGUGCUUGCAGAGGAGGCGGCCCCUGUGGCAGCGGUGCGGGAGCCGCAGGUCCAGGCUGAGCGGGACGUUCCGGGGCCCGAAGAAGAGAAGGGUGACGGGACAAAGACUGAGAAUGAGAAGGUGGUUGUACAGACAGAUUCUCAUGGAGGAGCGGAAUCAUCUGGGAAAGUGUCUGAACCUGUAGAACCUGGUCCUAAGGACCCUAACUUGGAACAGCAACAGGUCAGGCCCACGGAGAAGACUGAGUGUAAAUGCUCAGAAUGUGGGGAGGGCUUCACCCAGAGCUCAGACCUGAUUGGACAUGAAGGGACACACGCAGAAGGAAAGCUCUGUGGCUCUGAGGCUUGUCAGAGUCCCAGGCCUGUGGCACAUCAGAAAGUCUGCUCAAGAGAGAAGGGUCAUCAGUGUCACGAGUGUGGGAAAGCCUUUCAGAGAAGUUCACACCUUGUCAGACACCAGAAAAUCCAUCUUGGCGAGAAGCCUUAUCGGUGCAAAGAGUGUGGAAAGGUCUUUAGCCAGAAUGCAGGCCUUUUGGAACACCUCAGGAUCCAUACUGGAGAGAAACCUUACCUGUGCAUCCACUGUGGGAAGAACUUCAGGCGCAGCUCCCACCUCAACCGACACCAGAGAAUUCACAGCCAGGAGGAGCCCUGUGAGUGCAAGGAGUGUGGGAAGACCUUCAGUCAGGCCCUUUUCCUCACGCACCACCAGAGAAUCCACAGCCACUCCAAAAGCCAUCGCUGUAACGAGUGCGGGAAAGCCUUCAGUUUGACCUCAGACCUCAUCCGCCAUCACAGGAUUCACACCGGAGAAAAGCCUUUUAAGUGUGCCAUAUGCCAGAAAGCCUUCCGACUGAACUCCCACCUGGCCCAGCACGUGAGAAUCCACAAUGAAGAAAAACCCUAUGAGUGUAGUGAGUGUGGCGAAGCCUUCAGGCAGAGGUCGGGGCUUUUUCAGCAUCAGAGAUAUCACCACAAACACAGUCCGCCUUGAUGCGGCAUCCUGUCUGCGGGAACAUCAGGGACAGUACGUUGACAAGCAAGCAGCACUUUAGGAAGAGUCACUCCAGCCGGUUCGAACCUCUGAGAACUCCAGGGGCCAAGCCGGAGGCUCUGCCCCUUCACGUGUGCUCAGGUGCCGAGCACAAUUAUUUGACCCUUGAUGGGACUAUGGGAACAAGCGGAACAGCAUUCUUCACUGCAGGACUUCUCUGAGCCUUUAACUUGGUAAAUGUAUGAUUGCACACCUCCAAGUAGUAGAGACCCUCAUGAUGGGUGAGGACUUUGAAGUCAGCAGUGAGUCAGCCAAGUACCUAUGGAUUUAUAGGCUUGAAUGGAGCCAGAGCAGGUCGAUACGUUUGCAUCUGCUACAGCAACAGCUAUAAAGUAAAA